AUGUUCUCCGUCGUCGUCCCCGGCCGUCCGUGCCAAACGGAUAUUGUCGCAAUAGAUCCCCAACCAAACGGCCAAGCUACCAAAUUCGCAUUCACAAUCCCAAUGAACCCCUCAUUCAACGACCUAGUCAUCUUCUUCCUACCAGGCACAGUCCUCCCUCCAGACACAGGCGCCGCAAUUUACGCCCAACUCCCCGAUCCAACAACCGGCGCUCCCACCGAUUUCCGCUUCAUCGGCGCAUUAGCAAACGAGAAACCUUCAGGCAUAUUCCAAAUUCAGCCUCCCAGCAGCAUUCCCAAACGCUCCGAAGACGAAGAAGAAGAUGAGAUGCUCGAUGAGGGCGGCUCGGCUUCCAAUGGUGUCCUAACACUCGGUAUCUCGAUCGAGCCGGCGCAAAAUAUUGCGCCGCAGCUUGCUGCGCUGGAGAAUGAGGCAUUAGCAGGAUCGGCGCAGAAACAAAUCUCGACUAAGGUACUUGCGCAGCGGAUUAUCGGGAGUGCGUUCAAUUUCCUUGCGAGCUUCUCUGAGACAGACAAGGGACGGGAAAUUGUGCCAUUGAAGAGCUUUCGGGAUUGGUGGACCAAGUUUGAACGACGCAUUGAUAUGGAUCCUUCUUUCUUGGAGAAGGCGGAUCCUAAUACCACGUGA